CGCAACAAAGACAGAAUGGCUAGCUGACUGGCUGGCCAACCAUUCAUCCAGCUAGCUAACAAACCUCUACAUUGGUGCGGACAUACAAUCCAAAAAUCGACGAACACCUCUAAGCCAAGCAUGGCGACAAACUUAUGUUUAGUUCAAUUUUACAAAUAAACGCGAUAAUAGCGCGCCGGGCAAAUUGUGGCGCACGCGUUUCGGUGUUUGGCUUGAUGUUGAGCUGCGGAAAUAAGUCAAGUGUUUUCUAUUUGAAAUAUUCGUCAUCUGUUCGUCUCCAGACGAAAGAGAAGAGUUGAAUAAAUAAUAAAAAAAAGAAAAUUAAAUAAAAAAUAUAAAUAAAUAAAAAAGAGGAAAUUAAAAUAAAAAACGAAAAUUAAAAAAUAAACAAAUUUUAAAAAACAAACAAAAAAAUUAUAAAUAUAAAAAAAAUUAAAAAAAUUAACUGAAAAAAAAUAAAAAUGGUCGUCCCAAGUAAAAUAUUUUAUCCGCCGCUGUGCACCAACCACUGUUCCCAAAGUAUCCUGCACCCAGGCAUUGGCUGUUUGCGUUAUUUUUUAAAUAAUUUGUACAAUAGUUGUUUGGGAGGUUUCAAAUAUUUUUCGCCGCUACUAAUUACCCCCUUAUUAUUGAAAUUGAAAACAAUGGACAAUGAAUUAUUCCUAAGUACAUUAAAAUACUAUCUGAAGACGGUGGGUUUGACGGCAAUGGCAGCUUCGUCUUCGUUUUAUUUCAUUUGUUUAUUUAGAAAUCAAUUGGGAAGUUUUCAAAAAUAUACCACACUUUUCAUACCGACAGUGUUCGGUAUGCAAUUCUGUUGGUUUAUGCCGGAUAAGACACUGAAACUUUUUUGCACAGCCACUUCGCAGGCGGUAUUCGAGGGCAUUUUAAAACAAUUCCCCAAUCUUAUAACCCGCCUCCUGUUGCACUCGACCUCUUUGCAAACCUUUCUCUUUAUGAUUAACAGUGCCAUUAUUUUACAUUUCAAACGCCUAAAAGUAUACAAAGGAUUUUGGUUUAUGCAGCCAUAUGGAAUUGAAAAGUCACCGUCCAUUUCAGCAGCAGGAGCAGCGCCGUUAGGAGCUGAGGGAGCUAUGGAAAAUAUUGUCGACAUAAAUGCCAACAUUGUAGAGCAUAGUUGGAAACCCCGUAACCAGUGUGUACAUGGUCAAACGAAAUGUUUGAAAUUUAUUUUGGAUGGCAUUAAGGUUGGUCUAACCUGUGGCAUACCUAUGGAUUUGCUAAAUGCCCUCUUGAAGGGUGGCGUGCCCAAGGGUUGCAAAGGUAUGAUGAAGGUCGUUGCGGCAAAACUGAAACAAUUUCGUCCAAAUAUGGCUGGAUUUUUUCUGCUCUAUGGUGGUAUUUAUAGGAUCUCAUCAUGUCUUUUGUACAAAUACUAUGGCCAUUUGUCACGUGACCUACAACAUAUAUUGGCCGCCUUUUUGGGUGGUGCCUCAUAUCUGUGGGUUGAUAAAGUCUCCUUCUUCACCCUGUCUACGGUGAUAGCCAUUCAGGCCCUGUGGCAAGAGUUCUGCAAUCGCAUGUCUGCGGCCAAGAAAACCUCAUCGAAUUUAGUGUUGAAAUUGCUAAAGGAUAUCUCAUUUUCCCAUGUCAUCUUUACCCUGAAUAUGGGGUACUUGGUACAUAACUUCAUUAUGAACUAUGAGGUGUUGAAUAGUUUGACUCGAGGAUUUUUAGAUGGACUCAGUUCAAAUCAAACCAGAAUAAUACGGGAUACAAUAACAAAACACAGCUUGGAUGAACUUAUGACCAUUGCCAAUAGCCACACGGUGAAAAGGUUGCUUUAGUUAAUAAGGAAAAGCUGGGGACAUAUUAUUACAACUUUGUAUAUAGUUUAAGUAAAUGUAUAUAAGUUUUUAUAA